AUGCUAUUACACUCAUCACUGGAGUGUAGAAGUGUCCAGUAUAGAAGGGAUCAUUCACACUCACAAACUCCUCUCAGCAACUCAGCUGAACUCAGAACUCCUGACAAUGUGUCCUACAACUGCAGCUCUGGAAACUUCUCUCGCUUGCUUGGAGGUUACCUGAGGUACCCGGGUCCUACCUUUGAUUCUUUCUCCCCCAACAAUAUAGUCUACUCUCCCAACACUUGCCAACUUGGCUCCUCUCUCUAUGAUGGCUGUCAGAACUUCUGUGAGCCCACCAGCUGCCAGACAUCCUGUGUUGUGGCCAGAUCCCACCAGACGUCUUGCUUCCCUCCAAAGAAUUUCAUCUUCUACAGUCCCUGCCACAGAAAUUACACUAGAUCCCUAGGAUUUGGAAACAUUGGCCUUCGAACUUUUGGUUACAGAGGCACUGGCUUCCUGUCUCUGGGCUGUGGGUCCAGCUUCUGCCGCCCAACUUACUUUCCUCCUGGGAGCUGCCAGUCAACUUAUUACCAACCAGCCUUUGGCUCUCGCUUUUUUGGUUCAACUUACUGA